AUGGUCAAUUCCCACAUCUUCCUUUCGGAUCUGAAACCAGGACGGUGCUCCAACAAUGCCAAGGUGACGCUUACGCAGGGAUCUAUUGCUGCAACCCGUCAGCUCUAUUUCAGGGAACGGCUGAGGGAGGGCUCGAGAAACCCCAAUUUUCGUUUAUGUGAUGCUCCUCUUUUGAUCAAGUUCAAUGAUGGAACUUAUAUUGAGAAGAUUCAUGCCCUACAGUACUUGAACUCGCUAAUACCGGGAGACAACUCCCUGCUGAGUGCAAUCAGAAGCACGAUCACGGACCGUAUACCAGGGGCACAGCGUGUGAUGCUCACUUUGCGUCUUCAAAGUGGUGAAAAUGUCGUUGUAAGUAUGUUUGACUCAAUGGCUCUUGCCUUUCAUACCAAGUUUGAGGGGUAUGGGAAAGAGCCCAAAAUUGUAGUUGCCACAAGUCUCAAUCCUAAGAUAGUUUGUG